AUGUCGGACAAUAAUGGUCACCCUGGGGUGCGCAGCCUGCUCGCCAAAUUCGAGAACAGUCAGAGCCCAAUCACCUCCCCUCCAUCUCGCGGCCGCUCUCCCGUCGGCUCGGACACCUCAAGCUCAACCAGACAGCUGUCCAAGGUUCGAGCCAGCUUUGUGACGGUCGAAGGCGUGCUUCAGUCCAGCCCCGGUUCGCCCCUGAGGAAGACCAGUGGACCGAGCGAUCGGAGCGACAGCCCCGGAUUCUUCGGACCGACCAUCAACGCGAAGGAGAUUGAAUCGCGCCGCCAAAACAACGCCAUUUCACCAACACCCGGACACACUGACAGGUCACUGACAAGCAUGCUGAAUGACGGAGAGAACGAUCGCUCGGAGAUGAAGAACGCGGUCGACACAAACCGAAAGGAGGCCUCAAAUGGCCAUGUGACGGAGACCUCCGCUGAGAAUGCGGCUGCUGUGCUGUCAGAGUCGACCCGGCACAACCAGCCACCAGCAGAGAAAAUGGCUCCUUCUAAGAGUGACGAGAAAGACAAGGCCAAGCCACCUCACAAACGGUCCACGAGUGUUCAAAACAACCAGGAUGCUGGCAAAUCGAGCACUCAGCCCACCACAACUGCGUCUCAAAGGUCAGCGGCCACUCAAGGAGGUGCCAAACCCCAAUCGGCGCGUGAGUUGGCCAAGGAGAGGGCCAACGGUCUUGCCCACAAGCCCAGUCGCGUUUCUCUCGCCACUGCACCCAGGACCACUACCAGGCCGACAACAAGAGGCGUGACUCCCUCUGCUGAUACGCGAAAGACAACUACCGCUAAACCCGUCACCAACACAACAAGGUCGCCAACGCGGUCAACCCGUCUGACAAACUCGACAUCCACCCAUUCACUUGCUUCGAACUCGAAGGGGGGAAGCUCAGGCAUCGCGCCAGGUCAUGCUGAGAAGACAGCAUCAUCUCUCACCAGGAAGCCCUCAAUUCUGAAGAGUGCAGCAGGCCCUGCGGCGACCGUGCGACGACAAGCUUCUCGCGCUUCUCUACCCGCUCAGCAUGCUAUCGAGCGUCCUAGCUCCCGAGUCAGUGAGGCCGGGACCAAGCCUGUGAAUGAGGGCUUCCUCGCCCGAAUGAUGCGCCCCACUGCCAGCUCGGCCAGCAAGACCCAUGACAAGUCUGAGGCAAAGGCUCCUCCCACCAGGCUGGCCGCAGCAGCUAAGCCCCCUCGGCAGCCCCUCGCACGCGCCUCCGAGCGCAGCACUCAGCCGAGCAAAGCGAAGGCGCCACUUCCCAAGCAGCAUGGUGAAAAAGCCCAGGUACCGCGCAAGGACCGCUCAGUCAAGAGGGAACAACCCAAGACCAUCGAGACGCAAGAAAGUGAGAAGGAUACUGCACAGGAUGUCCCGGCUCCUGCGACUGAGGAUGACUCUGUCGCUCAGCUCCAGGAUACUAUCAAUGAGGAGCCCGAGGAAGCCGUGUCAGCUGGGGCUGUCAAAGCAUCGACCGGAGACAAUACUCAGGGUGAUGACAGCGAGCAAUCCCCGGCGAUCGUCGAACAGCUCGAGAAGUCGACGGUCGAUCCUUCGGUGACUAGCACUGCAGACAAGGAGCCCGAGAUCUCUAUUGCAGGUGUCGCUAUCAGUGCUCCUCAAGAAGCGCGCGGGAUUGACGCUGCCUUUGAGACAGAGAGCCAGAUCCAGGACACGGCUCCUGACACAGUGAACAGAGUCGAGACGUCAGAGCCUCCUGUUGAGGCCGGAUCAGUCAAGAGUGACAGCCUUGCACCCAUUACUGAGCCUGCCGAGUCGCUCGCCACCGAAGCCACUACCGUGACCGAGACUAGUCAAAUCAUGACCAUCGAACCCGAAUCCGAGGAGCUUGAGCAGGCUGUGGCUUCGGAAUCCAUUUCUGAUGACAGGCGAGCCGAGGACUUGGUGGACAUUGUCUCGACCCAGCCCUCUGAGGUGAUCGAAAGGCCCAAAGAGUCUAUUCCAGUUGAAACUUCUGACGAGCUGAGCAAAUCAGAUGCUGAUGAGAUUGACUUUGCUACCCUUGCCCUCAGCUGA